AUGGCCGGGGCGCAGGAGCUCCUGCGGGACCUCUACGCGUUCUGCAACGCCCUCCUCUUCCGCGGCGAGCUGGCCGUGGACUCCGUCGCCUUCCUCUGCGGCGCCGGGGCUCGGCCGGCCCUGGAGGCCGACGGCGCGGAGGCGGCCUUCAGCGCCGAGUUCUCGGACGGCCUGGCCGGCGCCGUGCUGCGGGUGGACUUCUCCUGGGAGCGCUGCCAGGCCUGGCCCGUGACCAGGCUCGCCUCGGUGCUCCUGCACGAGCUCGUGCACGCGUGGCACGACUCGGUGGCCUGGGCCCCCCCCGCGCAGCUGGCCGAGGCGCACUCUGGCGCCUUCUUGGGCAAGUGCGCGCAGCUGCAGGGCCUCUGCGAGGCCGAGGGGCUGCCCUUCUUCCCCGACGUUUUCACGGAGUCCUGGGCGCUACUGGCCCUCGAGGACCUAUCGGCCCGUCACUGCCUGGGGUCGCCGGCUGCGCGGCGGCGGCCGCGGCGUGGGCGCGGCUGCUGGAGCGGGAGCCCCCGCUGCGGGGCAGCCUGCUGGGAGACCUCGCGGCCAGCGGGCUCCGGCCGCAGGCCGCGCUCGCCUCGAAGCAGCACCUGA